GGAGCGCAUCGCACCAGACUGGGAGCGCACGGAAACUUGUAGAGAGCAAUAGUAUUAUUUUUCUGAUUUCUUUCUUUUUUUUAAUUGGCUGACAGGAAAUAUAGCUACAAUUGUAAUAAAACUCAUCCUUCAUUUUCUUUUUUUUUUGCGAGAGCAUGACGAAUGCUGUUCAUAUGACUGAUUUGACUUGAGGCUACAGGAGAGAAUGCGAAAUGGAGACAUUUACAAUACACGACAUGCUCAUGAAUUCAACUGACCUGAACAAGAUUUUAUGUAAUUUUGGGAUCAAGAACAUUUCGGAGUGCGAGAGCGAGCAGGAACCUUCACCCGAACCUCAAGACAUCAACCAGACGGUGCGGAUCGUCCUCUACAGCCUCAUCUUCCUCCUCAGCGUCCUGGGCAACAGCCUCAUCAUCGCAGUCCUGGUGAGGAACAGGCGCAUGCGGACCGUCACCAACCUGUUUCUGCUGUCUCUGGCCAUCAGCGACCUGAUGGUUUCUCUGGUCUGCAUCCCCUUCACCCUCAUCCCCAACCUCAUGAGGGACUUUGUCUUCGGCACCGGCAUGUGCAAGCUGGUCAUGUACUUCAUGGGUGAAUCAGUCUUCUCAUCUAAUUUGCAUUUCCAAAAUGUCGAACUAUUCCUUACAAAAAUCAUGCUAAUCUAUAUCGAUAUGUAAGCCAUUUGCAACCCACUGACCUCCAGGGCGUGGCAAACCAAAUCCCACGCCGCCAAGGUCAUCACUGCCACCUGGGUGGCGUCCUUCAUCCUGAUGCUGCCGUACCCCAUCUCUAGCACCCUCAAGCCCUUCACCCGCAUCAACAACAGCACCGGGCACAUGUGCCGCCUGGUGUGGCCCAACGAUGUCAUCCAGCAGUCCUGGUAUGUGUCCCUGCUGCUGCUGCUCUUCCUAAUCCCCGGGAUCGUCAUGAUGACAGCCUAUGGACUCAUUUGCCUGGAGCUCUUCCGCGGCAUCACGUUUGAGAUGUCCAGCAGGAAAUCUAGCAGAGAAAGACAAUCCAGCACUGGAAGCAUCAAGCCCGGUGACAGUGAUGGCUGUUACCUGCAGCCGUCUAAAAAGAAGAGCAUCACAGUGAGUACAGGCACCUCCAGCAGCAAGCCCAUGGUGGGCCGUGUGUCCAGCAGCAGCUCUACAGCCAACCUGAUGGCCAAGAAGCGUGUGAUCCGCAUGCUCCUGGUCAUCGUCUUCCUCUUUUUCCUGUGCUGGACUCCCGUCUUUGUGGUCAACGCGUGGCAGGCUUUCGACCGGCGCUCGGCCUACCGCCUGACCGGGGCGCCCAUCUCCUUCAUCCACCUGCUGUCCUACACCUCGGCCUGCGUCAACCCCAUCAUUUACUGCUUCAUGAACAAGCGCUUCCGCCAGGGCAUGCUGGCCACGUUCACCUGCUGCAGCUGCUUAAGGAGGAGCGGUGGAGGGAGCGGCGGCUUGGGGAGGUCAGCUGGAAGUGGGGUGGCUAAAGGGGAAGUGGGCAGAUUAAGAACAGGGCCAAAGACCGCUGAGCAGAAUGGUCAUACCCCGCCAAGCGGAGCCAGCACACGCUUCACCUACACUGGCAUCCGCGCAUCAGCCUGGAGUGAGCUGACUUAAACUGCAGUGAUGCGUAUGUGUGUGAGCUCUGGCCUGAGUGCAAACACUUGGAGGGAAUCUGCUGUGUUGUUUUAACGUAAAGCCCUCACAGUGCUUAUAGGACUAGUUUAUGAGCAGAUAUGCUGCUUUAGCUUCAAGUGUGACAUGGCAACGUGCAAUAGGUAAUGACUGUGGAGCAGCGGAGUAGAUUCAGUGCUCUCACAGCAGAUCAACACUGCCAGAUGUUUCCCUAAAGCUUGCAGCGUCCUGGAUGGCUGACUAAUGCCUGAUCUUAUAAAGCUUUGAAGGGCCUCAAGUCAGACAUAGCAAGGGAGCGUUUUUAUGAAGCACAAUGCCAAUUAAUCUCAUUACCGCUCUCCAUAUACCCUUUUUAAACACAUUACAGAGACCAAAUAGUCUUUCCAUACAGUUCAUUGUUUUGAACUAUGUGCACCAGGUGAGAAAUAUCUAAAAGCACAAUCCGUGCCAGAAGGAUUAGACUACACGAUUGGAUUAGUUCGUCCAAAUUACAAAAAAAUUAUAUAUUUUCUUACUUACCGGUCAUGAAAACAGUUCACACCAAGAUCACCUUCACCUAAAUUGAAUAAAAUGUUGAUGACAAUUGCCUAGAAGUCGGGAAAAUACAUGUAAAAAGAAUCGUAAACACAAAAUAGUCAGCAGUGAUGUAACUAUUUAUGAUUUGUAGGCAAACGGCUAAUACAUGAAACAUAAAAAAAAAACAUACUUAUAUUUGUAAACAGGCUUGUAUUUGUCAUCUUCAGCAGCAGCUGCCUGUCACACUGCAAUGAAACGGUAAUCAGCAGCUUCGAAACAGUCACAAAUAGUUCUGCUUUUGUCCUUAACCCACUGUGUGUGUGUGUGUGUGUGUGUGUGUGUGUGUGUGUGUAUGUGUGUCUACAGGGGUUGUACUGUGUACUACAACUGGAGAGGCCUUAUCAUUUACUGGGACUUUGAACACCUGUAUCCCCUCCUCUUCAAAGCGAAUUCCCGGCAUUACCCACCUGAUUUCCACCGAUUCAUACUAUUAAAUAUAGCAUAUAGUUUAUGUAGCAACUUAUUCCCAUUUUGUUUUACUGUAUCAAUAUGUUGCAAUAUUAAUAUUGUUGUAUACAUUCUUACUUAAGGGUUUGAUGCAUUAAUGGAGAUAUUUUGGCAUUUUGUUUUUUUGCAUGAUAAUGUGCCUAAUUUGAUGGAAGGCCUGUUAAACCUGCACAUAAUUGAAUGUAACCAGGGAUUUUACAGGUUGAUAUACAUCUGAAAUUGGUUCUAGGGACUGUGCGGUGUUCUUUUGGUAAUGUACAGACACACAAGCCAUCUCCGAAUAACCAACGUCUGGUUGACCAUAUAAAGACCUCGAGUGCCCGGUGUGCAAAUGCGUCUGCAAAGGCUGGGGGCAGAGUAACUUGGAGCUUUUAACGGCUUUAAUAAAAGUGGAUCCAAAGAACAGAGGACAUUAGGGCCCAGACAAGUGGAUGAAAGAAAAGGUGGAAUCUGCUGGGACUUCUUCCCAAGGAUAAGAGCUCCACGUGGGCUUGGUAGAGUGCUAAAGCCCUGGGAGAUGCUGUCACUGAAGAUGCACACAUCUGGGUUAUUCAUUUCUUUCCGCUAAAACCUGAAUUAUUUGGAGUAAAGUGUUUGUUUUUGCUUUUUUAAAGUACAUGCUUAAGCUUCUGAUGACAAUUAAAAACAUAACACAAA